CGCAGCUAUAAAUAAGGGCAUGAUUUUGAGGUCCAUUAUCAAACCAACUCUUAUUCCAUCUAUUAUUAAUUACCUCACAAGCAUCACCAGCCUUCAUCCAUGUCUCUCAAUCCAGUUAGUGCAAAGGAUCUCAAAGUCAUAUCAGAGGUUAGCAGGGUGAAAAGCCAAGAUAUUGCUACACUUCCAAGAGAUGCUCUCACCAAUUUUAUAAGAUCUAUUAAUGAAAAUCAGCAAGAGACUGAACCCUUUUAUGUUCUUGAUCUAAGGGUUGUGAUUGGACUCAUGGAGAAAUGGAAUCAGUCCCUGCCUAAUGUGAAGCCCUUUUAUGCUGUUAAGUGCAAUUGCGAAGCUGCAAUACUUGUUGCUCUUGCAACUCUUGGAGCAAACUUCGACUGUGGGAGCAAGGCUGAGAUUGAGACCAUUCUUGGCCUUGGUUACAGUCCUGGGAGGAUUCUUUACGCCAAUCCAUGCAAAGCUAUUUCCCAUAUUAAGUAUGCAGCAAAAGUUGGAGUAAAUCUCACAACCUUUGAUUCCAAAGAAGAAGUUAAUAAGAUCAAGAAGUGGCAUCCUCACUGCAGAUUGCUUCUUCGACUUAAAGUACCAAACGAUGAUCAUCUCAAGAUGAUCUCUUCACGUUCGAUUAAUGAAAAAUUUGGUGCCUUUCCUGAUGAGAUUGGGCCACUUCUCCAACAUGCACAUCAGGCUGGUCUACAGGUUCUUGGAGUUUCAUUCCAUGUAGGGUACAAAGCAUCAGAGGCAAAAAUCUUUCGUACUGCAAUUUCUGCAGCAAGAUUUGUAUUCAGUGCGGCUGCUGAGCUCAAAAUGCCUCCGAUGCAUAUUCUUAACAUCGGAAGAGGGUUUAGAGACAUCCCACUAUUUGAUGAGAUAGCAAAAACUGUAAAUGAUUCAAUCCAGGAAUAUUUUCCUGAUGAAAAAUCAGUUUCAGUGAUUGCUGAGCCAGGGAGAUUCUUUGUUGAAACUGCAUUCACUAUGGUGACAAAUGUUAUCGGGAAAAGAGUAAUCAGAGGAGAAGCAAUUCAGUACUGGAUUGAUGAUGGGAUUUAUGGGUCAUUUAACCUUGCAGUGUACGAUCGUUCCUCUAUGAUUUUGAAGCCAUUGCUACUGCAAAGUGAAGAUGGUGAUUGUGCAGGUUCAGAAGCAGCUGCUUCAUCUACUAUAUUUGGACCCACUUGUGAUGCAUUAGAUAUUGUAGUGAGUGAUUGCAAGUUGGUUGAGCUACAAGUUGGUGAUUUGGUAGUGUUCUACAACAUGGGUGCCUAUACUACCUCUCCUGCAACCAAGUUUAAUGGGUUUAAUAGAUUUGCUAUGCCCACCUAUCUUGCCUAUACAACUCCAAACUGAAGAAGCAACUCUGUUUUAUUGGUUGAAAAAUAUUUAUUAUUUUAUUUUUUUUAAUUAUUCACUACUCAUUAUAAUUUUCAACCAAUCAUUUAAAAAAGUGAUUAUAAGGAUUUUUUUAUAAUCAUUUCAA